AUGUUCCUCUCAGCCAAUUUGUUAGUCUUGUUGACUUUGUGUUGCACGCUUGCCACUGGCAAAACCGGACAACUUAGGCUUCCAUCUAGUGCGUUCGGAGUUCCAGGCACAAAUGCCUCGUUCGACUAUAUAGUCGUCGGCGGAGGCACCGCCGGAUUGACGAUUGCUUCCCGUCUUGCUGAGUUUGCUUCCGUGGCAGUUGUUGAAGCUGGCGGCUUCUACGAAGUCGAGAAUGGCAACAACAGUGUCGUGCCUUAUCUUGGACUGGUGAUGCCCGUCCUAGCCACGACCGAAUCGUUCCCCCAACAGCCUCUCGUUGAUUGGGGACUGGUAUCCGAGAUCCAAGCUGGUGCCGCGAAUCGCAAAAUUCAUUAUGCUCAGGGAAAGACUUUGGGAGGUUCGUCAGCUUUGAACACAAUGGCGUAUCUUAGAGGUACCAAAGGAUCAUAUCAACGAUGGGCAGAUCACGUUGGAGACCAGAGUUACACUUUCCCCAACCUCUUGCCCUUCUUCCAAAAGUCCGCACAUUUCACCCCACCAGAUCUCUCCAAGAGAGCAACUUCCAACGCAAUUCCAGUGUACGACCCAGCUGCAUUUGACAAUUCAAAAGGGGGUCCACUACAAGUGUCUUACGGGAACUGGGUCGAUCCUACGAUCAACGCUCUCUCGGGUGCGCUCCGGGCCGCUGGUAUUGCACUUAGUCGAUCUGGCUUCAACAGUGGCUCGUUGCUUGGCGGGGCUUGGGUUACUUCAACGAUAGCUCCAAAGGACGCCACAAGAUCAACUUCCGAAAGCAGUUACUUGGACGAUGCGAUCAAACGGACGCAACUGAUCGUGUACACCCACACUCAGGCCACCAAGAUUCUCUUUGAUGGCAACAAGAAAGCGGUUGGUGUGAGAGUCUCGACGCAAGGGCUGGAGUACACUUUGUCAGCAAACAAGGAGGUCAUCAUUUCUGCUGGGGUCUUUCACUCACCACAGCUCCUCAUGGUAUCUGGUAUUGGUCCUGCGGCGGUCCUUUCGGCUAAGGGAAUUCCCCUUAUCUCAGCUCUAUCGGGAGUUGGUCAAAAUCUCCAAGAUCCUCUUUUCUUCAACGUUUUGUGGGGCAUUACAACAGCAACUUCUGGAUCAGUCAUCGCCGAUGAUACACCACUCGCACUUUCGCAGUAUCUCGAUUCUGCAGCUGGACCUUACAGCUCAGCAGGAGGUUACUUUGGGUUUGAGAAGCUUCCGAGCUCGGUUCGGUCGAACUUUUCUCAAGCGACAAGGUCGGCUUUAUCUGCAUUCCCAGCAGACUGGCCAGAGGUAGAGCAUGUCGUUUCCGGAUUCCCGGGAGGCCCAGGCUUUAUCAUCGGCGCUGUGAGUCCAAGCAUUCUCGUGCCCUUCUCAAAAGGAAACGUCACCAUCAAGAGCCCGAGUAUGCUCGACGCGCCAUUAAUAAACCUAGGCUGGUUGAUGGAUUCUAGGGACGCUGAGGUGGCAGUAGCAUCCUUCAAGCGUGCACGACAGAUCUGGGAAACCACCCCUGCAAAGGCUAUUCGGGUUGGCGCUGAGAUCGCCCCAGGGCCUGCGGUACAAACCGAUGCUCAGAUCCUGGAGUAUAUCCGAGGAAGUGCGCAACAGAUAUGGCAUGCCUCCAGUACGUGCAAAAUGGGAAAGGGGAGUGAUGCUAAUGCUGUUGUGGACUCCAAGGGCAAGGUAUUUGGUGUGAGCGGGCUGAGAGUGGUGGACAAUUCUAUCGCACCGUUUUCUGUGCCUGGUCAUCCACAAGGUACGGUGUAUAUGCUCGCAGAGAAAAUUGCAGAUGAUAUACGGUCCGGAAGGUAGUUUGUUGAUGGAAAUGUUUGGGGAUUGAUGAUCUCGAGAGGAAGAUGUUGGAGGAGAACCUUGAUUCGAGUGGGUCUUAAAUGUCACAGGAGCCUAUCGAUCAGUACCACGCUAGUGAGCUAAGCGACAGCAUUUCGGUUCGGGAUAAAUAGAUGGAUGAAGAUUGUGUUAAGAUCUAAUAAAUAGCAGCCAUUAUAAACUACUAGCAUAUCGCAGGUUAAAGAAGUCACUAUUAUUGUGAGAUGUUUGUAGAGCGCA